AUGGAACUUUUAAACCAAGACAACAACCAUCAUCAGCCAUGCAGCCCUUAUAAGGUUGAAGAUGGGGUCUGGAUGAUUCCUUGCAAACUUGACGACGUCAAGCACAAGUUUUAUCCACUUUACAAGCCUGUAGCACCAGCCAGCCAUUUGCGCCAUCCCUGGUCCCAACAAGAAGAUGACAUGCUCUUAAGCCUUUUUCCCACGAAAUCCAGCAAAAAGUGGGCCCAAAUCGCCAAAGAGCUUACCCCCUCCUUGAGUGAAUAUAAAUUUUUUUAGUAAUUUUUUUUUUCGAAAUUUAAAAAAAAUCCCAAUCGCAAAAAUUGGAAAGCAAAUAUAUUUAUUUAAUUUGUAAAAUUUAUGUUUUAAAAUGCAAUUUAUUCAAUAUUAAGCAGAAUUAACUAGAUAUUUCAUUAUACUAAUUAUCAUUUAUAUAUCAAAAUUUUUUUCCUAAAAAAUUGUUAUAUUAAAAAAAUUUUUUAUUCGCUCAGUGGGAUUUUUGGGAAAAAAUAGGGAGAUUUCUAAUGGUUUUGUUCGCUCACGGAGGGGAAAGUUAACGAAAAAAUCUACAACAACAAGCCAGUCCGAAACGGAAAGCAAUGUAGGGAAAGGUGGUGCAAUCAUUUAAAUCCAGCCCUUAAAAAGGGUGGCUGGUCAUAUGAAGAAGACGAUUUAAUUAUCCAAAAGCAAAAGGAAUUCGGUAACAAGUGGAGUCUUAUCGCAAAAUGUCUCCCAGGAAGAACCGAAAACAGUGUAAAAAACAGAUGGAAAAGCAUCAUCAGAAGAGUGAAAAAAGGAAACUCAGGAAUGUUUGACUAUACCGGUUUGUGUAGAAACACCUCGAGUGACCAAAACACUCAAGAUGAUGAUUGCUUUUUCAAUAAUGAUGGCUUUUGCUUUAAACCUAUUGAGGAAUCUUCUUCAUGUGAGAGCUUGACAGGAUUAGAUGAGAUGGAUCCAAUUGAGGAGGUGUGCUUGCCAUGAUCUAAUAUGAAUAAAGUAAUAGCUUUAGCAAUCUAA